AUGAUCCAGGGAUUAGCCAGAGACAGCCUAGAAGUGAAGGCAGAGCUGGUCUGGGAGGACUGGGGUUUGGAAAAAGAGUUCUCCAAGACAUUGGUGUUAAAGAAUAUACACAGCAAGCUGCAGAAGCUACAUGUCAGGCCUCCUGGGUCCAAGUUCUUCACCACCUUGAUACCCCAGAUAAUUUUCAUCAGCCCAGGGACUUCUUUCUCAGUGCCAAUCAUCUUCAGACCUCUCCAGCGGUGUGAAUAUGAAGACAGCAUUGAAUUUCAAUGUAAAGAUGGCAGCUUCCAAGUGUGCCUCCGUGCAAUCAUUCCAUGUCCUGCCCUUGAGGUGCCAGACUCUGUGCUGCUGCCACUCUGUGCCGUUCAACACUCUGUACAUACCACUUUCCUGCUCAAAAAUCUCAGUAAACUCCAGACAUGCUUUCAGUGGGAGAGCUCUGGACCAUUCCUACUAAGUCCUGAACAAGGCCUGUUAGAGCCGGGCCAGGAGUGUCACAUCACUGUUGUUUUCCAACCUCAUGAGGCGCUCGUGUACCAACAACAAGCCUACUGCAGGUUUGGAGAAGAGGAUCAGCCUGAAAGCUUCUGCACUGUGCUCCUACAGGGACUAGCUAAGUAUCCAUGUCUUCACAUGAAAACUCCAGGCAGCAAGGAUGGAAAAGAACAGUGUGGCCCAGAGCUACACUUUGGAUCUGUGGCUGUUGGCCAAAGUUCACAGAAAUCUUUUGAAAUUUUCAACCCCUCUCCUGUGUAUGCAUUGUUCUGUCUUUCACCACUGUCCGAUGACGUGCCUUUGUUGGGGUCACUGUUCAGCUGUGAUGAGUCCAGAGGUGAGGUGGCGCCUGGCGGUUCAUUUCGGGUUACAGUCACCUAUAGUCCUGCUGUGGUGGAUACUGUCUCUGUCGACUACUUAUCUCUUAAAUGUAGUGGGGCACUCAAUGAAACUCUCCUGAAACUCACUGGAAACGCCAUAGGUCCUGAAGUGUUCUUGUCCUCCUCUGUGUUGGACUUCGGCUGUGUUGAGAAAGGAGAAAAAGUUGUGCAGACAGUGCAGCUGGUUAAUUCUUCACCCGUUGAGGCGAUCUACCAAUUAGACCUUGACUGUAGUGGGCACAGUGUGUUCAGCAUCCAGCCAGCAAGUGGCACUGUCCACCCACAUAGCUAUAUCAUACUGAAGGCAGUUUACAAGCCAACACAGCCUAUUGCACAUCACAGGAGAGUUGCAUGUCUUAUACUGCACAGGGAACCCAUGUUCCUUGACCUGAUUGGAACUUGUCACUCAGAGCUCCAGAAACCAGCCGUACUGAAACCUGAACACUUGGUUCUGUACAAGCUCCACUGGUACCGCAGACAAGACCCAACAGAUACUUUCAGUCCCGUACAGCAAGAUCAAAAUGUGCACCUGAAGCAACAAGGAGUGCUCUGCCCCCUGGAGGAGUCACACCAAAAAGCGGACAGUGACAGUGUUUUGUCAAGAACUCCCAUGGAGGACUAUUUCCAAUCCUGCAUGGGGUGCAUGGAUCCAUUCACUUCUAAUUCUUCUUCAUCAUCUCCACAUGUAACUGUGGUGCCCAAUGAGCUACUGUUUGAUCACAAAAUGUCUUCCCCGUUUUCUAAUUCAUGCACCUCGUCUCAGUCAGUGUCCAUCAACAACCACACCAGAGGGAAACUCAGCCUGGUGUGGACUUCAGCCCGAGACUCUCCAUUCUCUGUCUCUCCCUUGUUAUGUGACCUAGCUCCACUAAAAUCCACCUCCUUCAGGGUGAACUUUGACCCCAAGAAGCCUAAUACUCUGCAUGAAGCACAACUUGAGUGCUUUGCAUACUGUAAGGAAAAUCAUCUCUUAGAAGGGCAACUGCUGUUUCCACCCUGGUUAGUGACUGUCAGAGUCAUAGGCCACUCCUUUCAGCCCGGCAAAGAGCAUUUCAUCCCAUGCUGCUCAUUGAAGCCCCCUCAAGUGGUAUUCCCAGCCCUGAGUGUUCUUUCCUAUAGGACAGUGCUUCUCCAGAAUCGUGGAGAUCUGCCCCUCACUUUCUAUCUGGACCGCAACUCAAACCCUGUUUUGGCAGAAUCUUUGUCUGUAGUGCCAAGCUGUGGAUUGAUCCAGCCUUCGAAUCACCAAAUCCUUACUCUCAGAACAACUCCCACUGAAGACAGUCCCAAACAGGGAUUCAGUUUACACCUUAAGCUCAAUGCAUCAAAACACACAAAGGAACUGGCAGUUGUCAGUGUUGCAGAGAAGCUGUGUGUAUCUCUGGAAGGAGAUGGCAGUUUAUAUUUCCUGCCGACAGCUGUGGGCUCACAGACUCAGCGCUCCCACCGCAUCAGGAACCUCAGCCGCCUACCUCUACGUUUCAAAUGGAGCAUUCCAGAGCCAGACCAGGAGCUUAUCUGUGUUGAACCAGAUGCUGGUGAACUGCAGCCCAAUGAGAGCUCAGUUCAGAUCUGGUCCUUCAGCCCGCUGGAGGAAAUAGCAUACACACUUAAACCUACUCUCACCUUCUGGCCGAUCCAGACACAUGGAUCAGGCAAAUCUCAUCUUGUCCUUCAAGUGGUUGGAAUUGGCUCUAGAGGGUUCCUGAAGGCAGAGAAAGAAGUUCUGGAUGUUGGAGAGAUAAUGGUUGGAGGCUAUCGCUCAGUUGAGGUUCCUCUGGUCAACAGCAGCCCCUGCCCCGUCUCAUUUUGUCUCUCUGUACAGCAGAGCCUUCUGAGUGAGGAUCCUAUUAAUGACCCCCAGACGGAGCCAAAAGCCCUGAAACUGGACCGUGAGAGGGGUACAAUUGCCUCACACUCCACAAUGCUGCUGCAAUUUACAGUCGGACCACACAGACGAGCCCCGUACCAGUGGAUCAUCAGCUACCAAACCCUGAAUCUUAGUGGAAAUGUGCUAUCCCCUCCCCAAGCAGUGUGUGAAGUGCUAGCUAAGGGUGUAUUUCCCACCCUGAAGGUGAUUGACGUGUGCGGCAGUGGCAGUGUAAGCGGACUCAGCAAGGUGCGUCUGUGGAAACUGUUCUCAUUGGACAGCCUCAAUGAGCACCUGAUUUCCAACCCCUCCCCUGGAGAACUCACUCACAGAACCCCCACAAGGCACAGUAUGAGCCCCUCUCCUUCCAUCUUCACUAAAGCAAUGUUGGAUUUUAACUUCAGUGUUGCUCCCCUGCAUUCACACCCCUCAACUUUUAUGCUGAUGUUACACAACCCCGGCUCCCUCCCUGUAGACUGGGCCUUCUUGUUUCCAGAGGACCAACAGAUAGAGCUGGAGUACUGGGCUGAGACAGGAGAGUUUAGCAGUACUGAGCUGAACCACAUGAAGAUUAAGGACAACCGCCUGUUCAGUGUUUCUCCACGUUCUGGGACUUUGCUCCCCGGCCAACAGAGGGCAGUAUGCUUCAGUUACAGUCACAACUUCACUGGAACGGAUCGGUUUCCUGUCGUGUUCAAAAUUUCAUUUGGCAGAGAGAUCUUGAUGAACUUUCAGGGUUUGACAGUGGAGAGAGACAGACCAUAUCUCCACUUUGCCUCCAAACGUCAUGUUUUCGAUUCUGUUAUGAUUGGGGACUAUAAUCCUCCCAGGCAGGGGUUUGAACUACACAAUGGUGGUGCAGUGGCAGUCUGUUAUAAGGUGGACAGAGAUGUGUUAUGUCAGCUACAGGUGGACAACUUUAACCAUCCAGUGCUGUGCUGCCUAAAUCCAGAGGGAAAAAUCCUACCAGGAGAGACAACCAUGCUGGAAUGGAUUUUCUCUCCACUAGAGGCUAAGAUGUACCAUAUGGAUAUUCUCAUCUAUAUCCAGGAUGGAGACUCCACACUAGUGACGUUUGAGGGAUGUGGGUUAAAUUCUCCCACAAUGUGCUUCACAAAACAAUUUCACUGCAGUGAUUGUAGAAUGUCUGAGGCCUGUGUUCAGAGGCUUCCCUUCCCAGGACAGGUGGUGUCUCUGUCCGAGGACAGUGUCUCUCUGGGUGAUAUCCCUGUGUGCUCAAGAUCAUCAAGAAUCCUCUACCUGACCAAUGGUUCCCACACAGACACUGUCCACUAUACAUGGGACCUCCCGCGGCAGAUCAAUCAGCAGGUGGUACAGAUACAUCCACAGCAGGGGGUUCUACAUCCAGGAGAGAGUUCCCUUUGUUUUCUUACAUUUACUUCUUCGGACUACCCCACUCAUUACCAGCUGGACAUUCUCUGUCAGGUUAUUCAGGAGGCUAAAAUGACUCAGUAUCGAGAUGCUUUGCAGCGCUGGGAGGAAGAGAAAGAAAGACAGCAAGUAGAAUUCAUUAUCACGGACAAAAACAUUACAGAAACCCCAAAAGUUCUGACAGAUGAGGAACCUUUAGCAGCACCAGUAAGAAAAGGGCCACCACUCAGGAAAUACAAGACUCUUCCUCCAAUUUGUGCCAGGACUAGUUAUGAAACAGUGGGCACUAUAUGUACCAAGAUAACAAGAGCUGACCGACGGGCACAGCGAGAAAAAGCCAAAGUAUUGACGUGCCCUGAACCCCCUCAACCUGCUCUGCUGCAUCUGGGCAUUACAGCACACUCACAUGGACUUCUGGACUACAUCACACACUUCCCUGAUCAGUUCAAUGAGCACUAUAGAUGCCAUCAGUUGAUCAUGCCCCUGACACCUGAAACAACUAGUUCAAGCACAUCUCCUCCUUCACAUGGCCCUGACAGGGACAUCCUAAUGCAAGUACUCAACUCUGUGCUCAGGGACAUCCUUGAUGAUUCAGCCUUCACAGAGUCUCUGAUAACCAUGGUGUCACAGCCCAUUACAUACCCACUUCAAGAAACUAGUCACUCCUCCAAAUCCUUAUUACCAGCCUCCCUUCCAGCACCGCUUCCUCCCUCAUCUACAUCUCACACUACACCCAAACCUCAGGUUUUGAGUGGGACAAUGGCAUUGCAAAGGGGGCAACACAACCUUGUGGACAGUCAGGAGACUGCAGGUGGAGGUUUCAUAGAAAGGCCUCAAACAGAUAACACACAGCAAACAAUACAUGUGCGUGCUGACUUUAGUGAAGAUGUUCUGCUGAACACCCUCCAGAACCUGAUGAUGGAAGCUGUCAGAGGAGAGCUGGUCCUUACAGCACAUCCCCGCACAGCUACCCUGCCACCAGUUUCUCUCAGAAACACAAUGACUUCAACAGCAAAGGCUGAAGAGGAGAGAGAAAACAGAAAGGAACCAGCAGGAGCAUCGCCUGACCCAAGCUCUCAGUGUUUUCUGUUUCUUGAAAAUAAUCCUCGAGUAUAAUAUGAAAUAAUUGAUUGUACAUCCUACCGCAUCAAAUAAAACAUCAUCUUGUCAAAUUAAUUAACUCUAAUUGAUUUUACAA